CCCAUCACUAUUAUCGUCCUUACAAUCGGUCCGCGGUCGCUAACAGAUCAUGCUUGCAGGGAGGUCCUCUUGGGUAUCACUGGCAAGGACUUCGUCAUUAUUGCCGCAUCCAAGGCCACAAUGCGAGGCCCGACAAUUAUCAAAGCGGAAGAUGACAAGACACGGCAGUUGAACAAGCAUACACUCAUGGCAUUCAGUGGAGAAGCAGGUGACACCGUGCAAUUUGCCGAAUUUAUCCAAGCCAAUGUUCAACUGUAUUCGAUGCGCAACGACACCGAACUCAGCCCGGCAGCUGUAUCCAACUUCGUCCGAGGAGAGCUGGCCCGCAGCUUGCGGUCACGAAGCCCCUACACAGUCAACCUACUCCUCGGAGGCAUGGAUCCGACCACCGAGCAACCCUCUUUGUACUGGAUCGACUAUCUGGCCUCGCUGGCACCUGUACCAUACGCCGCCCAUGGAUACGCCCAGUACUACUGUCUAUCCCUCCUGGACAAGCACCACAACCCGAACAUCGAUCUUGAGCAAGGCAUGAAGCUCCUGGUGAUGUGCACUGAUGAACUCAAGCGACGGUUACCAAUUGAUUACAAGGGCGUUCUUGUAAAGGUCAUUACGAAAGAUGGUGUGAAGGAGGUAGACUUUGAUAACGACAAGAUCGUUCGGAGUGCUUAA